GCAGCCUGUGGGGCAGGAUGUGAAUCAGUUUAUUAUGGACAGAGCUAACGGAGACCGUCACAUAUGGGAAACACUGUCGGACAGAGUGAAGAGCAGCAGUGGAACAACUGAAACUGACCCACAUCACAGAGAGACAUCAAGUCCUAGAAAGGAUCAAAACUCCUUCCAGCAUGGCAAACGUCAGUCACCUCUAUUGGACUACUUCCUCUCCCAUCACAAAGAGCCCAGAGGAUAAAAGCGUUGUGAGCAAUGACUUCUCCACGACCUUGGGUGCCCUCAUCCUCGGCUUGGUCUUCCUCCUGGGCGUCCCUGGCAACCUCUUCAUUGUCUGGAGCAUCCUGGCUCGCAUCCGACGACGUUCAGUCACCACCCUCCUCAUCCUCAAUCUAGCAUGUGCUGACGGCUUCCUCAUGGCCCUCACCAUCGUCUUCAUUGUUUACCUGGCCAAACAGACGUGGGUCUUUGGCGACGCCAUGUGUAAAUGCCUGUUCUACCUGUGCAACUCCAACAUGUAUGCCUCCAUCUUUCUGAUCACGCUGAUGAGCGUGCACAGGCUGGUGGCAGUGGUGCUGCCGAGGAGCAUGUCCAACCUGGCCAGCAGGAAGGUUGUGAGGAGGGUCAUUAUAGGCAUGUGGGUGCUGGUGAUGGUCAUUGCUAUCCCCUCACUGGUGUUUCGAGACGUCAGAGAGGACAAAGAUGAAAAUAAUAGAACCAGACUGGUGUGUGCACCCAAUCACACACAGCCUCGACAUGUGAGGUUUCAGUAUACUUUGGAGACGGUGGCAGGAUUCAUUAUUCCUUAUGCAAUCAUCAUAACCAGCUAUGUCCUCAUCCUGAGACGCCUGAGGCAGACCAAGUUUCGCCGAAAGGUCCGAAGCGAGAAACUCAUCCUGGCUAUUGUGGUGACGUUCUGCCUUUUCUGGUUGCCGUACCAUGUGAUCAACAUGAUGCAGGUGGCAGCUGAGUGGUACCCAGAGGAUUCACCUGUGAAAAGAAGAUUGGACCAUAUCACUAAGUCAAGCCGUGCAGUGACUUCAGCUUUCGCUUUCAUCAGCAGCUGUGCCAAUCCCGUCCUCUACACCUUUGCCGGGAAGUCCUACAUCAGGCAGAACGGCUUUGCCUUCAUGGCUCGGCUCUUUGAGGGCACAUCAUUUGACCAAACAGGAACCAAAAAGAGUAAAGAGACUAUGGGACUCAGUAAUGUUGACUCUGCAAAUGGCACAGUCACACCUACUUUACAAAAUGGGAGAUGAGCAUUGAAUGAAUAUUGGGCAUAAACGAGAGUGCUCUAAAAAUUUGUGAAACCAAAGCUUCAGCUCAGAGCUUACUGACAAAUAUUUUGUUUAGUAGAUUGUGUUGAAAGAAACAAGUUUAUCUGGAGGUCAGUGGUGCAGACACAAGAAAUUAAACUGAGGCUGAUCUUAUAGUAGAUCUGUAAAUACUCUUUUUACAUGUUUAUAUUACAUUUUGUAUGUUUCAGAAAAUGAGAAAAAAACAUUAAUACGAUGUACAGUACUGUAUCUACUUGGUGAGCAGAUCACAAGCAUGACAAACUUUAUUUUCUUGAACAGGUGACACUUUACUUUGAGCCCCCCUUGUUAGCAUUUAUAAAGCACAUUCAGAAACUGUUGACAAAUAAAUUAAUACAUCUGCUUA